AUGUAUCUGAAAGGAAAAAAGAAAGAAAAAAGAAAAACCCUAGAGCUCAUCAGUUACCCCCCCGGUUCCCAUCCCCAGUCGUUGACCGUCCUCGAUAACUGGAGGCCGUUCCCCGACUCUUUCUGCAAGCCACUUGAAGGAAUUAAUGAUUCAAUCAGUAAUCUCCGGAGGGCAUUUCAUUCUAAAUGCUACGAGAAUGGUGCAAAUCGUAGGAAGGCCCAAAGAAAAAGCUCGGGUGAGAAGUUUUUGAGUUUGCUAAAUGAUGAUUUGGUGGAAAGUAUGCCCCCAACUAAUUGUAGAGGUGUAGAUGAUAAUAAAUGUCCUGCAGAAAAUACUUUUGCUUCCUCUAUUGAAACAUCUUCAAAAGUUGGCUCUUCUCCUUUUGAGUUUUAUGUCUGGUCAGAAGAGGGAAUUGAUCUAUAUGUUGAUUUGAACUCUAGCCCAUCAGAGUGGACUCAGAAAUUCAAAAAUGAAGUUCACAAAUUUGAGAAUGUGCAAAAUAACAAAUCUCGGAGUCUGCAUGAGGACCUUGGGUAUCUGAAGGAGGGGGACAAAGAAAUGAGAAGUUCUUUUUGGAAUAUACAUGCUAGAGAAAUCAGGGAUGAACCUGUUGAUACCCGAUCUUCGCCGAGUUUAAAAAUGACAAAAGAUGAUCACUCUGUACUUGAUCAACCAAAAAAAGGUGAAACAUAUUCAAUUUCCCUUGCAAUACAGCCAUGCGGCGCUUCUCCAGAUGUUUCUGAUGAAUCAAAGGUAGAUCAACAUAAUAAGUCAUCUGAUCUUGAUUCAAGUGCACAAGACCAUAUAAUAUCUGUUGCUGAGUCCUGUGCUAAAGAUGGAUGUACUAUGAAUUGUGGUGCACAAGACCAUAUAAUUUCUGUUGCUGAGUCCUGUUCUAAAGAUGGAUGUACUACGGUUCUUGGUUCAGACAUUAUUGAUGCUCAUGACAUCAAGUCUCUCCAUGAUACUGCUGUUAACUCUAUAUACAGUGAUCCAUUGAGUCCUGUUAUAUCGGAGCAUCCAAAUUCUGAUCUUAUUCAGUGUCAAAAUACCAUCUUGGAGAAUGAUUCUAGUCUUAUUAAUCUUUCUGUAGCAUGUCGUGGAUGCUCAGUCAGUAGUUCCAUGGAGUUUCAGUCAUCAGAAGUUGCAAGCUGCAACAAAGAUGCAUCAUGUUCUCGUUGUGAAAGUGGAUUUAUUGGUGGGUUUGCUACAAAAGACAAUAUAGAAACUGAAAAAGGCAGAUUGGCCAACACGAGUGAGUUGAAUCCUGAUGCUAAUGGGUGUCAUUUGCCUGUUCCUGGUGAAGAACAGGAGAAAAGCAACAUUUUGAACGAGAGAGAACAUUCAGAAUUCUCACUAUUCACCAAGUCAUUUAAGAAGACAUGCUUCAGCUCUGAUAACACGGAAACUAGGGAAGGACUUAAGAGAAAAAGAUAUGUAGAAGAUAAGAAUCAAAUGGGCAAUGCUAUAGCUAACACAAAGGUUUUAAGAAGUAUGAAGCGUCUAAAAGACCUUCCGAGACGAUCCAUGCGGCUGAUGUCCAAGGAUGCUGCAAUUCUUGGGAAAACAUUCAUCCUGAGAACUGAUUCUGAUUUCCAAGUAUGGAUUAGUCAAGUCUCACGAGGAAAGGACAAAAAUGAAACUUAGAGCAUAGUCAUUUUGGGCGUCCAAUAUGUAGACAAAUUUCGUUUCCACUGUACAACCGCAGUUACAAAGCCUGUCGUGACAAAAAGCGCAAAAGAGAAAUAAAAUGAGUAAUUCUUAUUUUGAUUUUGUUUUUAAGUAAUGUACAUUGAUUUUUGAGAUCGAAUUAGACAAAUUUUAGUUGUAGAGAGUGUCAAUAAGAUAUGAGAUUGCUGUUUGAUACAGUGAUUAGAAGAAUUACAUUACUUGGAUUAUGUUACAUUUUUAUAAUCUUAAAUCUUAUUUCGACGUU